AGUCUAUUCAUUUACUAGCUUCAUCUUUUCAGUACUAUUUCAUUAUCAUAAACAUGGGUGUGGUGUGCAACAAUGGAGGAGGUCUUGCCAAAGCCUUAAACGCCAAUGUUUACGGCAACGGCACUCAAACUCUAGUCCUUGCACAUGGAUUUGGUACAGAUCAAACAGUUUGGCACUCCCUCAUUCCUUUCCUUGUAUGUUAUUUCAAGGUUGUGGUCUUCGACUUGGUUUUCUCGGCGAACGUAGAUCCUAAACUGUAUAACGAAAAGAAGUACUCGAAUUUAAAUGGUUACGCGGAAGACCUGUUGUGCCUUCUUGAUGAACUUAAUGUGAAGAACUCCAUAUAUGUUGGACACUCCAUGUCAGCCAUGAUUGGAUGCAUAGCUACAACAAAGAGGCCAGAAAUCUUCCAACAACUUGUCCUUUUAAGUGGCUCACCAAGAUAUCUUAAUGAGAAAGAUUACAAGGGAGGUUUCAAGAUGUCGCAACUCAACGCGGUUUUCAAAGAAAUGGAUGAAAACUUCCCGACUUGGGUUAAAAAUUUUGCUCCAAUCGCUGUGGCUGUAAACAACACAAUUGCAAUAGCCAAGUUUGAAGACAGCUUGGGAAGAAUGAAACCUGGGAUUGCUCUGAGUGUAGCAAAGACUGUCUUUCUAAGUGACCUUAGGCAAAUUUUACCCCAAGUUUCAGUGCCUAGUUUCAUAGUUCAAUCUGAAAAAGAUAGAGUUGUUCCAAAAUUUGUCUCAUUCUACAUGAAAAGAAAGCUUGGUGGCCACGCAAAAGUUAAGAUACUCAAAACAGAAGGCCAUUUUCCUCAGCUGACAGCAUAUCCUAUGCUUUUUAAAGCUUUGAAGCGAGUUCUUCAUAUUACGAAUAUCGGUUAAAAAAUGAAGACAAAAUUACAAAAUUUACCUUUAAGAGUACAUGGUUAUGGAUUUUUACU